CGACGUCACCUCCGGGCAGAGAGACUGCUGAGGAAGUGACUCCGGGCCAGAGGCGGACUCAGACAGAGCCUCCCGCCCGUCACACUGAGCCAGGCAUGACCGUGUCCAGUGCGUCGUCACCGGCCACCUGAGAGCGGCACCCAGGGGACAGGCGGAGGCCAGGGGACGCCCCGCUGAGGGCAUUACUACCACAAUGUUGCUGAAUCUACAUCCCCUGGAGAACCUUAAGUCCUACGUCACCACUCGCCCCCCUCUGGUGGUCUUUAUGGUCAGUGUCAGUGGCAUGGCCAUUGCUUUCCUCACCCUUGGCUACUUUUUCAAAAUGAAAGAGAUCAAAUCACCAGAAAUGACAGAGGACUGGAACACCUUUCUCCUAAGGUUUAAUAAUCUGGACUUUUGUAUAUCCGAAAAUGAGACUUUGAAGCAUCUCUUAAAUGAUACCACACCACCCGAGAGUACAGUCACCACUGGCCAGGCCAGGUCUUAUACCCAGACCCCUCAGGCGUUAGAAGAUUCAGGAACUAUAAAUAUUUCUGUAACUGUUACUCUAACAUUGGAUCCACUGAAGCCUUUUGGAGGAUACUCUCGGAACAUUACACAUCUGAGCUCCACUAUUUUUGGCCAUCAAAUUGGGCUUUCAGGCAGACCGUCCCAUGAGGAGAUGAAUAUAACAUUUACUCUGCCGGCUGCCUGGAACUCCGAUGACUGUAUCCUCCAUGGACGCUGUGAGCAGGUGGUGUAUACCACUUGUAUGACUGUGACAGCAGUGAGCAGCGUGUUCCCAGUUACUGUACAACCACCUCAUUGCAUUCCUGAAACAUACAGCAACGCAACCCUGUGGUACAAAAGCUUUGCCACUGUUCGGGACGCUGGGACAAAGUAUGCGCAGGACUAUAACCCUUUCUGGUGUUAUAAGGGAGCUAUUGGGAAGGUGUACCAUGCUUUAAAUCCAAAGCUCACAGUCAUUGUUCCAGAGGAUGAUCGCUCCCUUAUUAAUCUGCACCUAAUGGACACCAGUUACUUCCUGUUUGUGAUGGUCAUCACCAUGUUCUGCUAUGCAGUCAUCAGGGGUCGGCCCAGCAAGCUGAGGCAAAACAGCCCUGACUUCUGUCCUGAAAAGGUUGCGCUUUCUGAAGCAUAAGCAUCCCAUCUGCGUCAUUCAGUAGAUGCAAAUGGAAGCAUUGCCUGUUGACCCCACCAGGAGAAUGUGUGUCCUGUGUCUUUCUAAAGGGGCAGGUGGAACACGCAACUUUGCAAUGUUGGUUUCUUCCAACCAAAGACAUUUCAAGUGCCUGUAAUUGAAUUGUACAUAUUUAUAAAUAGGUACAUUUAAAGAGGCUUGGUGCAAAUGUACUGCAUCCUAGGAUCUUGUCUUUUACCCCUUGUACCUGAGGACUAGCUGUCGUUUUCUUGUGUAGAUAUGUUUAGUGGCUGUGUAUAGUCAGCAGUACAAGUCGCCUGAUUGGUGGGUAUGUUUAAUGAAUGAGAUCCUAACCUUAAGCAAAACUGCACUUUUCUGUUUUCAAUAUUUGGGACAAAUCAUCUGUUUGAAUGAAAGGAGGAAUAAUUGCCCCUGCAUGGAAAAGGCCUGUAUUCUGGUGGCUGUAUAGAUUAACGCUCUGUGCUGCAUAAUAAACCUGUUUGGGGAGUCUGUAAUCUUAGUCCGUCCUCUGUGCAAAGUCAUAAGAGUUUAAUGCAUAACAUAGCUUAUUUUCAAGGACAUCAGUACAUUUAGUUGUGGUCGUGCGGCAAGCAUCCUGAAAUUUGACCUCUUGGCUAUAACUUUAGAGGAGAAAAUGCAAAAUCCUGGUGUUGCUCCGUAAAAAUAAAAUUCCAAACACCUAUGAUCCCGUACAUCUUGAGACUAGUAUCCGAGAGAAUUUUAACCCUCCGUACUCUGUAUGACCACACUUCUUGUCAGGAACCCACUCUUAACCGCAGUGUAUACGUAUUCCAGGGGGCAUGCAGUUGCACAAAAUGCACAUUUAAAAUGUAGUUGGGGAGUGAGUGCUAGAUGCUACAAAGCCACAAAGUUGGCUAUUGCGUGUGUGUGUGUAUAGUUGGCAAUAAAAGCCACCUUUUUUCGUUUUUGUACUUUUUUUUUUUUUUUCUCUCAUCCAUGAUUAAUAUUGCACCUCAUCCCUGACACAGAGCUCACCAUUAAUGAGCUGUUAUCUCCCGGACUUUUUUUUUUUUUUUUUUUUUCUUCUUCAAUUGAAUAUUUAAUUCUUUGAAUGAAUCAUUCUCAAUGCGAAUUACAGCAGCUUCUGUUUUCGUUUUCCAUAUUUUGUCACUCUUGUUUUUAUUGGCUGUGGAUCACUGGAAACUGUGUGGCCUCCUGAUUUCUGUGGAAUGCUGUUUUGUUUUCUGAAUAAAGCUAUCCCUGGUAGUGUGA